ACUGUCCCUAGAAAGUCCCGUAAGCUCAUGACGCCACCUAAAAUCCCCUAAGUUCCUCGCAUUUUGACGUCCCCCAUGAUCAUCACCAUUCCAUCGUGCUUUCUGGCCACACAGAGACGUAGUUGUACCGAGUUCAACUCAUCUCUCCUGCUGCUGCAUCUCGAGUCCCGAUCAGAAAGCUGCCUGGUCACUGGCUCACUGACUCAUGCCCCAGCUGCUUCUGCUGCUUCUGGUCCAGUUUACCCCACGCCAUAGCGGAACGCACAUGCCGAGAUGCAACAUUAGGGCGUACGCGUCACCUUGAGACGAAACGCAUCGCGCGAUUUGCGAUUCGUCUCGUCCCGUCCCGCUCCUAAUCCACCGUACCCCAGGGCUUAGCUUACACCACCUCUCCUCGAUUGACUGGUGCAGAUUCGCUUGCUGCGGAUCCUGCUUAGUGAAUUCGACGACCCAGGUUCCUUCGCAGGCUCAUUACUGCCUCGGAUUCACUACUUCAAGGCUCCUGACAGCGAAGCUCCGAAGCUCAGAUUCGCUCUCAUUGCGUUCAAGCCCCGAUAGUAGUAGAAUCGUCGCUCCUUACCUGCCACGUGCUUCUGUUCCGAUCCGCUUGAGACCGAAGCAUUCGUUGCUGCACCCUUCAUCGUUCUUGCAGCGGCAGCAGGGGGAGAGAGUGUUCUUGCCUGUAGGCGGCGUUAGGUUUCCGCCGCUGUACCUGCCGUCUCAAGGCCGUCGACUGGCCCGCGUUUGCUUUAUUCUGGGGGAGGGGUAUCAAUAUAGCGAUCCCCAGAAGCCCCGUAACAUAUUCCGUCGCGCUUUCGCAUCGCCCGCGGGCGUCAGUGCGCUCCGCAUCACCACCGCUCAUCGUCUUCUCACCUUCCGUCGCAUCCGUCGCAUUCCAUCGCAUUCUGUCGCAUCCGUAAGAGAUGGCGGCUCCUGAGGCGGCGGGCGACACGACGGCGACGCUGCUGCGAGUGCUAGAAGCGCUGUACCAGACGACGGACCGGUCCACGCGACGAGAGGCCAGCAAAUGGCUCGAGGCGUUCCAGCAGAGCAUGGAGGCCUGGCAGAUCUCAGACCGGCUGCUGCAUGACGAGAGCAGCAGCAUGGAGGUCAGGUACUUCUGCGCACAGACGCUCAGAACCAAGGUUCAACGGGACUUUGAGGAGCUGCCUCCAGGCUCAACAGCAUCCCUGCGUGCCUCCCUCCUGGAGUUGCUAGCCAAGUUCCGCAAUGGGCCAGCUGCAGUGCGCACCCAGCUGUGUCUGGCGAUAGCAGCAUUAGCAGCGCACACGGCAGCAGGCGAGUGGGGGGAGGGCGGCGUGGUGUACUGGCUGCGGCAGCAGCUGGCAGCACAGCCCGAAUCUGCCCCUGCUCUGCUGGAGCUGCUCACCGUGGUCGUGCAGGAGGUGGGAGCGCACAAGCUGGCGGUGCGGCCGGAGAGGCGGCGGCAGUUCUCAGCGGAGCUGGUGGCGUGUGCGCCAGAUGUGCUCGCGCUCCUCGCCGCCUGCCAUGCCGCCCACCCCGCUGAUCCCGCCACCACCGAAGCGGCACUACAUGCGUUCACAGCUUGGCUCCGCUUCAGCAACGGCCUGUCUGCUGCCACUCUGAUGGCCCAUCGGCUCGUGCCUGUCGCCCUGGAGGGCCUCCAAUCCGCGGACAUGUUUGAGCCAUCAGUUGAAGCCGUGUGUGAGCUGAUUCGGUUCUCGGUGUCUGGCGGGCCGGCAGCGCUGGCGGCGAACAUGCCGCUGGUGCAGCUGCUAGUGCCGCGCAUCAUGGCGCUGCUGCCGCGCUUCUCAGCUGCGCUCAAGGUGGUGCAGGCGCAGCAGCAGGGGCAGACAGACGCCGAGCCAGAUGAGGACGAGGACACGAUGAAGGCCAUGGCACGUCUGUUUGCUGAGAUAGGCGAGGCGUAUGUGGACCUCAUUGCCAGCGGGUCGCCUGAGUCUAUGAUGAUAGCAGAGGCGCUAGUGCAGGUGACAUCACACCCCGACUUCGACAUCGCAUCCACCACCUUCAACUUCUGGCAUGCGCUCGGCUCUCACCUCACCACACGGCCGCGGCACGAGGAGAACGUGGCGUCAGAUGCAGCAGCGCAUGCAGAGAGGGAGAGACGCCUCGCCCUCUUCAAGCCCAUCUUCGAACUGCUCGUCUCGCUGGUGAGCUUCAGAGUGCGCUACCCACCCGGACACGAGAGCUGGCGCAGCGACGAAAAAGCUGACUUCAAGCAGACACGCUACGCGGUGGCUGAUGUGUUGACGGAUGUGCUGUACGUGCUUGGUGGGGAAAGACUACUGCAGCUGCUCGCACAACCACUCUUCCAGAUUGCGGAGGGAGCAGCGCGGGGGCAGGAGUAUGACUGGCGGGCUUUGGAGGCGUCUCUGUACUGCAUCAGGGCCAUUGCGGGCUCGCACCUCCUGCGCGAGCAAACCAUUCUGCCACAGCUCAUGGCAUUGCUGCCUAUGCUACCCCCUCAGCCUCACCUAUUGUACACGGCUUCUCUCACCAUAGCAGCGUACUGUGACUGGAUAGCAGCAGCGCCCAACGCGCCCUCCAUGCUGCCGCCGCUGCUCACUCUCCUCACUAACGCCCUGGGGGCAGGCGAGGAUGCUGCCCCUGCUGCCGCCCUCGCACUCAAGCACAUAUGUGACGCGUCGCGGCAGCACCUGCUGCCGUCCAUCGACCCGCUGCUGCAGCUGUACAACCGAGUCAUGGUGUCCGAUGCUGCUCUGGCGCUGCAGCCAGAAGACGAGCUGCAGAUCGUAGAAGCACUCAGUGUGGUGGUGAGCGUGCUGCCACCGGAUCAGUGUCCCAAAGCAGUCUCCGCCCUCUUGCAGCCACUCACUGCAACGCUCCAGCAAGUAGUGACAGCAGCAGCGCAGGCACCAGGCGGGCCUGCAGCCAUGCCUGCAGCCCAAUACGUGGUGCCUAUAGACAGAAUCGCCAACAUCUUCAGAUACGUGAGUCAGAACCAACCCUUAGCGGACGCCUUCCAACAACUAUGGCCUCUGUUCCGCGCUGUGUUCGCUCAGAAGCCCACAGACAUGCGAGUUAUGGAGAGGCUAUGUCGAGCAUGCAAAUAUGCGAUCCGGGGCGGGCAAACAGCCAUGGCGCCAGUGUUGGCGCCUCUGCUGCAGGAGCUGCAGGUGCAAUACGAGCAGCAUCAGCAGCCGUGCCUGCUAUAUGUGGCCAGUGAAAUCAUCAAGGUGUUUGGUUCGGACGCCAACUGUGCGGCCUACCUCCAGCAGCUCAUUGCCGUCCUCUUCGCCCGCACAACCGCCUCUCUGCAAUCCCUCGAUGAUUUCACACUGAAGCCGGACGUGGCGGACGACUGCUUCCUCCUGGCGUCGCGCUGCAUGCGGUACUGUGGGCAUCUCUUUGUGCCCACGCCAGCCUUCCUCGCCGUGCUCGACAGCGCGCUGGCGGGCCUGCUGGUGCAACACAGGGAGGCGUGCAAGUCGGUGCUCAGCUUCCUCAAGGACGUGUUCGACUUCCCCCUGUCGGAGCGUGGCCGUCCCUUCCGCGCCACCAUAGAGGCGGCCGUGCUGCCCCGCGGCCCCACGCUCUGCCGCCUGCUGCUCGCCGCUGCCACUGGCGGGCUGCCCGAGUCUCGCAAUGAUGAGGUCGUGGAACUUCUAGUGGCGCUGCAAGUGUGCUGCGGGGGAAAUGUCUUGCAAUGGCUGCAACCCAUUCUCGAUGCCAUCCCUGCUGCGGCUGCCUCGCACGCCGAGAAGAUGGCCCUCCUGCAGGCAGUUGCAGCAGCUGCCAAUGCGUCAACGCCACGCGACGCCACCAAUCACACGCUGCCAGCUGUGGAGGAUCUUUCGGGUUCUUGCCGGCGGUCAAAGCGUGUGCUGGAUGCUGUGCAGCAGGCUUUGCUAGGGGGUAAGGUCGCUGGGAGGUGAGAAGGUGAGUCGUGGAGGGUGAGAUGUAGCUAGGAUCCACGGAGGGCCACAGAGGAACAUGAAUUUUAGAAUUUCAUAAGGGCCUUGUUAGUGAGGUUUACUAUGUAGUUUAUUGUAGGGGUACAACCUCGUCAUUUUAGUGUAUCUAUGUCAGGUGUAAAGAUCCUGUUUCUCUUUUUUUUGUUCGGGGUUGGGAGGCCUGCACAGGAGAGUUCUGCGAUAAGUAGGCAGCGUCAACUCCUGGCUGGCCUUUUACCCUCCA